CGAGGGACAGACAGACAGCAUGUGCAGUGGUAGCAGUGGUAGCAGGUGGUAGCAGCAGCAGUCUCCCCUCACAUUUAGUUUUGCUUUUCUGACUUGCCUGCUGGAGAGAGAGAGAGAGAGAGAGAGAGAGCGCGAGAGAGAGAGAGAGAGGGAGAGGAGCGGUGAAAAAAAGAAAACAAUUUGGAGCCAUUGUCCCUUUGGAGAAAAGGGAGAGACGGGGGAAACGAGGGAGCACUGUUAAACGAUAGGAGCAGAGAGAAGGAAAAGCCAGGAUGAUUUUGGGAGGUUUAAACCGUGCAGGGGCAGUGCCUGCAUUCCUGCGGACCCCCACUAUGAUCCAGCCACACCUGGAUAUGAAGCCCUUCCUCCAGUUCCCCAUGGACACAGCUCCACCACAACACAGCAUGGGCCUGUUUCACAACUUCAACACUAUGGACCCAGUGCAGAAGGCGGUGAUCAACCAUACCUUUGGCGUUCCACUGGUGAAAACCAAGAGGCCCAUCAUCUCUUGUAACGUCUGCCAGAUACGCUUCAACUCUGAGAGCCAGGCAGAAGCCCACUACAAAGGCAACCGCCAUGCACGAAGAGUCAAAGGCAUCGAGACCUCCAAGAGUCGCCCCCAGGAGGGUGACAAGUUGGGCCGACCUGUCCUCCUCACCUCCUCUCCAUCCCUCCCUGGUGAACCCCCUACCUCUGCCCCUGACAUCAGCAACCCCUGUAACCCAGAUGAACCACGCCUCUCUCUGCCACCACUGUUAAACGGGGGGCCUCUCAUGGCCCCGCCUGGCCCCCUACCCCCCCUGCCUCCCCUCUCCACCCCUCCUACCCCCGACUCCCCCCUUGCCCCCUCCGUGUAUCCCAUGCUGACCACCCUCACCCCUUCUCCCCUUCUCCCCUCAUCCUCUGACUCCCCCAUGGGUUUCGACACCAUCAACCCUGAGCAGAGUGGUGUUCCAGUGGCCCCUGUGACUCCCGGGGCCCCAGCUGGCCCAGAGACAGAGGAGGACAAGGCCAAGAAGCUCCUCUACUGCUCACUGUGUAAAGUGUCCGUCAACUCCCUCUCACAGCUGGAGGCUCACAACAAAGGUAGCAAACACAAAACUAUCCUGGAGGCUCGCAGUGGGCUGGGUCCUAUCAAGACGUACCCUCGGCUGGGCCCCAAACCCCCGGGGGAGAUGGACCCCAACACUGAGGAACGCACCUUCCACUGUGAGAUCUGCAACGUGAGGGUCAACUCUGAACUGCAACUCAAACAGCACAUAUCUAGUCGAAGGCACCGGGACGGAGUGGCAGGGAAACCUAACCCUCUUCUCAGCCGACACAAGAAGCACAGGGUGGCUGACCUCACGUCCUCUCUGAACUUCUCUAAGGAUCUCUCCAAAUGUUUGGGGGCGGGGCUCUUGCCCAGUCCCCUGGCUGUUGCUGCAGCGAUGGCCGCAGCCGCUUCCUCGAACCACCAAUUGGCUCAGCUUCGUGCCGCAGCAGCAUCUUCGACCCAGCACCACCCGCAUCACCACCACCACCACCUAUUACAGGGCCCACCUCUCAGACAUGCCAUCUUAAGACCCGCCCCCGGGCCCAUGCGCACCUCCCAUGUGCCAAUCCUCUUUUCUCCUUACUGACUCCACCUCCUCCACCUCGGCCAGUCAGGAGCAGCCACUACAAAAGCACACUGUGAAGAAAUAAUCUACAUAAACAACAAACAAAAAUGUAUAGGGUAAACAAACAAACCAUCGUUAAACAAAGAAAAAGUUCAAACAUGUAGAUGAAAUGAAAGGGAAGAGAGCACCUGAAAGAAGGAGAUGAUGUAGUCCCUCAUUUUCCUUUUUCCCUGACCUAAAACUCUCCUUCCAUCUCAGAGGCUUGUGACUGUGAGUGAUAGACUGAUGGAGAGAGAGAGAGAGAGAGAGAGAGGGCAAUAGAAGGAGAGAUACUCAGUAUGCAUUGGAUGGACUGCAGUAUGCUUGUUCAUCUCUCACCUCUCUUUCCCCACACACUAUGAGAUCCAUCACACUGAUGGCUCUUAUCAAACACACACACACACACACACACACACACACACACACACACACACACACACACACACACACACACACACACACACACACACACACACACACACACACACACACACACACACACACACACACACACACACACACACCCCUCCACUGCAGCUAACUGUUUCAGUACAGUAUGUGCUGGUAUACAUACUCUUUCCUCAUCAUUCUGGUCUCAAGUGUUCUUACUGUACUAUGCACCUCCAAACCAAGAGAAUAAUGUCACUGCAGUAUGUCAGUUCAGAGAGAAUAAUGUCACUGCAGUAUGUCAGUUCAGAGAGAAUAAUGUCACUGCAGUAUGUCAGUUCAGAGAGAAUAAUGUCACUGCAGUAUGUCAGUUCAGAGAGAAUAAUGUCACUGCAGUAUGUCAGUAACGAGAGAAUAAUGUCACUGCAGUAUGUCAGUUCAGAGAGAAUAAUGUCACUGCAGUAUGUCAGUACAGAGAGAAUAAUGUCACUGCAGUAUGUCAGUUCCGAGAGAAUAAUGUCACUGCAGUAUGUCAGUACAGAGAGAAUAAUGUCACUGCAGUAUGUCAGUUCAGAGAGAAUAAUGUCACUGCAGUAUGUCAGUACAGAGAGAAUAAUGUCACUGCAGUAUGUCAGUACAGAGAGAAUAAUGUCACUGCAGUAUGUCAGUACAGAGAGAAUAAUGUCACUGCAGUAUGUCAGAGGUAUUUGCUAUAAUAAUAAACGUGUCUAGUCAUGUAUAACUGUGGCAAUAUUCCACGAUACUGUGAAUUCCUCUUCCUGCUCUUGGGGGUAUAAUCAAAGCGAACAUUGUUCCUCAUUGGUGGUGACCCCUAGGUUCUCUUCCAAUUGGCCCUGGCCCUGGGUGCUUCUCCAAUUGGUUAGAGAUGACCCUAGGUCCUUCUCCCAUUGGUUAGAGGUGACCCUAGGUCCUCCCAUUGGUGGCCCUAUAUGUCCUUGUUAGAUUAUUACUGUGGGUGACAACAGGUAGUCUCUUCCCGAUGUGUGAAGCGUGGAGGUCUUGGAGAAGAGAAAAUGACUGCAGGGUACUGUGCCCUCCUGUCGUUCCUGUGGCAGCGCUAGGUGAGAGGAGGGCCAGCGCAGGUCAGUAGAGAUAUUAACCCUAGUUCACUGUGGAGGAGGCCGAGACACGCUGCUGUUUGAAAAUAGACUAACAACAAAGAUGUCUGCAGGGGAAAUGUGUCUAUAGGGAUCACAGCUAACCUCUAUAGGGAUUGCAGCUAAUCUCUAUAGGGAUCACAGCUAACCUCUAUAGGGAUCACAGCUAACCUCUAAAGGGAUCACAGCUAACCUCUAAAGGGAUCACAGCUAACCUCUAAAGGGAUCACAGCUAACCUCUAAAGGGAUCACAUCUAACCUCUAUAGGGAUCACAGCUAACCUCUAUAGGGAUCACAGCUAACCUCUAUAGGGAUUACAGCUAACCUCUAUAGGGAUCACAGCUAACCUCUAAAGGGAUCACAGCUAACCUCUAAAGGGAUCACAUCUAACCUCUAUAGGGAUCACAUCUAACCUCUAUAGGGAUCACAGCUAACCUCUAUAGGGAUUACAGCUAACCUCUAUAGGGAUCACAGCUAACCUCUAUAGGGAUCACAGCUAACCUCUAUAGGGAUCACAGCUAACCUCUAUAGGGAUCACAGCUAACCUCUAAAGGGAUCACAUCUAACCUCUAUAGGGAUCACAGCUAACCUCUAUAGGGAUCACAGCUAACCUCUAUAGGGAUCACAGCUAACCUCUAUAGGGAUCACAGCUAACCUCUAUAGGGAUCACAGCUAACCUCUAUAGGGAUCACAGCUAACCUCUAUAGGGAUUACAGCUAACCUCUAUAGGGAUUACAGCUAACCUCUAUAGGGAUCACAGCUAACCUCUAUAGGGAUUACAGCUAACCUCUAUAGGGAUUACAGCUAACCUCUAUAGGGAUCACAUCUAACCUCUAUAGGGAUCACAGCUAACCUCUAUAGGGAUCACAGCUAACCUCUAUAGGGAUCACAGCUAACCUCUAUAGGGAUCACAGCUAACCUCUAUAGGGAUUACAGCUAACCUCUAUAGGGAUCACAGCUAACCUCUAUAGGGAUCACAUCUAACCUCUAUAGGGAUUACAGCUAACCUCUAUAGGGAUCACAGCUAACACUCACCACAGGGUAGAGGAGGAUGAGUCACCUCAAUAGGGAUUACAGCUAACCCUCACCACAGGGUAGGAGAGAGAACAAACAGAGGAGGAGAUGCAGCGGUAGUUCCAGCAUAGCAAGGUCACACAUACUGUAUUUAGGGCAGAAAAACCUUGCCCAGCACCUCAUUUAUUUUGGAUCCCCCCUUCCUGUUUUAAAACAGAAAGCCAUGCAAUGCAUAUUAUUUUCCCAUGACUGAUCAAUAGUGUUGUUUGUUUGGUUUCCUGGUUGGUUCAUUUUCAUAGUUACCCAAUUAUACAAGAAGAAACUAGUGAUCUGCAAAUUAUGGAGAAAACAAACAAUUUAUAUGUUUCUAUCUAGGAGGGAAUGGCUGCUAACUGCACUCAGGGAGAAGGGUGGAGGAGAGAAGGGUGGAGGAGAGAAGGCUGGAGGAGAGAAGGCUGGAGGAGAGAAGGGUGGAGGAGAGGAGAGAAGGCUGGAGGAGAGAAGGCUGGAGGAGAGAAGGCUGGAGGAGAGAAGGGUGGAGGAGAGAAGGCUGAGGAGAGAAGGCUGGAGGAGAGAAGGGUGGAGGAGAGAAGGCUGAGGAGAGAAGGCUGGAAGAGAGAAGGGUGGGAGAGAGAAGGGUGGAUUAUUUAGGAGGGGAUAAGGUACUGAGUGCAGAGACUGGAACUGCGCUGCCCACCUAGGCUAACUGAACUGAUGAGGAGUUGAGUGGAGAACCAGAGGAAGAGAAGCCUGCCCUGCUGAACACUGCUAUAACACUAUAGUACUGAGCCGUGUUCGAAAAGGCACAAAACAGAGGAAAACUCUCGGAAACAGAUGAACAGGGAGGAGGUACCACCUGAAUUUGCAUUUGUUUUCUGUUGCAAAACGUUUUGAAACAUUCUGCCCUAAUGAACACAACCCUAACGAAGAUGUACACUACCCUUCCAUUGAGAAGCAAUGUGCUCUAAUGUCUUACCUUUGUUCGGAUAUUGCGAUGCAAUGAGCAAUUUGAGCGGAGCGAGUUAACGUGUUAUUGUUAAGCGUAAAAAAUGUGUUGUACACUACAGGGAUAUGUACAGUUAAAAUUGAUUGGGUUAGGAGUUCUUCCUAAUCACAGAUGACCUCACCAGGUAAAACUCUGGGUCUUAUAGUGCUUUCAAGACAACUGGGAACUCUGGGGAAAAAUCGUGACGUCAGUGAUCUUCAGGUCGGAAAGUCAGAGCUCUAGAAAGAGGCCCGAGUUCCUGACUUGGAAUUCCGAGUUGGAUGACAAUUAUUUUCCUAAUUCCCAGUUAUCUUGAGUGCACUGAAGUCGGAAGUCUAAGAGUUCCCAGUUUCCAUUUGUUUUGAACGUGUAGCAUAAUGCAUUUAGUCCUGGUCAGGUCACAUGGUCAGGAUUCACUUCCUGGCCCUAUACAGUAAAUGGGAAAUGUGCCUGAAAAUAUUCCUUUUAUGUUCUUCCAGAGAGGAGGAUGCCUUCAGAGGGUAUUAUAGUAGAGAGCCCCAAUACUAAAUGGACCCCUAGACCCUACAUCCUUUGUAUGCAUUUGCAGAGAUCUCAGCGAAUUGGACACAUGUAAGUAUAUGGUAAAAAUGCCAUCUAGUCAAUCAGUCGGCCAGAUGGUGCUACUACCAUAUUGCGUAUCUAGUUAUCUAAGAUUUCCACAAGCGCCUAUGUUGAAGGGUGUAGGCGUCCACUUGGGAUAGGACCAGGGAGAAGGACAAUAAAGAAGCGGGGCUUAGGGACCGUCCCUUCAUAUUAAAGAGCCCUAAUCUAAUGGUAAUAAUGGCUGUUGUCCUAUUCGCUACCCUUCUCCUAAAGUGUGCAAUUGUACACUCCCUAACAUGGAUCUAAAAGGAAUUGACUGGUGUAAGGAGCAUGGUGGAAACUCGCUUGCACCAAUCCAAUCCUUAUAAGUGCAUAAGGGGGAGUGUACACUAGGUAAAGGGUACAGAAUCGGAAUGAAACCAAUCUCUGCUUGGGGAACAGGGUACGUACAUGCCAGGUAGCGAGCUGGGAUUAAAGUAGUUUAGUCGUAGUUUAGUUUGGACUUUUUGUGUUUUUGUUGCAUUGUUUCAUUUUAGUGUGUGAGAAAUAUGUUUGAGUAUUGAGUAAUAUAUCCUGAUAUGACAGAAUAUAUGAUUAUAUCAAUGCCAUUACUUAAGAGCUGACUGAGUCAGUUUAUCCAACACUUCUCUUUUGAAUAAAUUGAUCUUAAUCCUGA